GUGAGAAUAUUCGCAGUAGCAGCAGCAGCAGGCUGGGAGAACGACUCAUGUUAGAAAAAUGAAAAAGUUCACAUUCAAAGGAGUUCUAGAUGGAUUUCGACAAACUGUACAGCCGCAAGCCGCACGACAGGAACAGGAAAUCCAGGAGCAACUCAAGGCCGACCACUUCACAUUGAAAAAGACCUUUCGCCAUGGCUUUCCAUACUCACCCACAUCCUUUGCCUUCGAUCCAGUACAAAAACUAUUAGCAAUCGGCGAUAAAUCGGGUUACAUACGCAUUUUGGGACGUCCUGGCGUCGAUGCACAUGCCAAACAUGAGGGCGAGUCCGAGUGCGCUGUGCUCUUUGCCCAGUUUUUGGUGAACGAAGGCGCUCUGGUCACCGUCACCGCCGAUGAUACAAUACAUUUGUGGAAUAUUCGCCAAAAGAAUCCGCGCAUUGUGCAGAGUCUCAAAUUUCAACGCGAGCAUGUCACUUGCAUACAUUUACCCGUGGGCAGCAAAUGGCUGUACGUGGGCACCGAGAAGGGAAACAUACACGUCGUUCACAUAGAUACAUUUGCACUUAGUGGAUAUAUUAUUAACUGGAAUAAAGCAAUUGAAGUGGUUAGAACUAGUCAUCCAGGUGCUGUGAUUGCGUUAUGUGAUAAUCCAUUGGAUGCAAACAAGUUGCUUAUUGCAUUUGAAUGUGGACUGCUGGUGCUGUGGGAUCUGAAGGCGAAAGCCGCCGAGUUUCGAUGGCAGGCAGCCGAGGCUGUCAAGUCCUUGGCCUGGCACUAUGAAGGCAAAUACUUUGUAUCAUCUCACACAGAUGGCUCGAUUUGUUCAUGGCCCACAAAACUGCAGCCGAAGCCUCAAUCGCAAGUGUGUCCGCAUGCUAAGAUCAACAAGGAUGGCAACGCGGAAAAAUGUAAACCGAUUUAUAAAGUUGACUUGAAAUCCAGCGCAACUGGCGAAACUUUUACUAUUUUCUCUGGCGGUAUGCCAUCAGAGAAGGGCUCAAAAUCGAAUUGUAUUACCGUUAUGGUGGGGAAGACCACAACUGUUUUGGAAAUGGAGCACGCUGUUUGCGAUUUUAUAACACUUUGCGAAAAUCCCUGGCCUUGCGAAACCCAGGAACCAUAUGCGAUAGCUGUGCUGCUUCAAUAUGACUUAGUAUUAAUAGACUUAUUAACGCCCGGUUUUCCAUGCUUUGAAUCGCCUUAUCCAAUGGACUUACACGAAUCACCUGUUACAUGUUGCACAUAUUUAACCGAUUGCCCAUCGGAUUUGGUUCCUGCUUUUUAUUCUGUUGGUCGCACAACGACAAGUAAAAAAACUGGAUUCUCAGAGCGUGAAUGGCCAAUAUCGGGCGGUGAAUGGUCCCCGGCGUCGUGCAGUUACUCAGAGAUUGUCAUCACUGGUCAUCAGGAUGGUAGCCUAAAGUUUUGGGACUCAGGAGCUGGCACACUACAGAUUUUGUACAAACUGAAGACGGCUAAGAUGUUUGAGAAGCCGCGUCAUGUGAGCCAUACGGAUAACGAUAAUCCAUUGGCGGUGCAUUUGAUAUUUUUGUGCUCGGAGUCGCGUCGCUUGUGCGUCGCCGGCGCCAUGGGCCAGGUAAUGUUGUUCAAAUUUCGCAAGGUCGAGUCCACAUCAGAGGUGCUGGUGCUGGAGAUACCAAUACUCUAUGAGAACUUUGAUGACAUUUAUGGCACCAGUCCGGAGUGUGAUUUCCUCACCGGCCAUCAGGUGCAGAAAACUGAAUCUAGCGAUUCGGAUAAAACGGAGUGCACAUUGAAGGUGCGUUUUGGUGCCCAGCGCAAGCCGCCGGGCUUUCAAUCUCAGUUGAUUUGCCUGACCACGGGCCCAAAUCGCCGAACCGUGCAGGUGACUUCACUUUGCAUCAACUCUAGUUACGGCCUAAUGGCUUAUGGUACCGAAUAUGGACUUGUCAUAAUUGAUAUAAUCCAAAAAAUUUGCCUAUUGAGUGUUGCAUGUCCCGAUCUUUAUGGCGCACACGAUCCCUACUCGCGAACACCAAAAAGUCCCAAACGCAUUGAGAACAAAGAGGAGCAGAGCCGUUCGCCCAGUUCAGAUCAGCUAAACGACACAACAAGCCCGGACAGUCCAUCGAUCGAGUAUAUACCCGAGGCGAACGAGCCGCCGAUCAGUGCAAGUGCAAUGACCACAAAUGCUGCUGCAAAUGAAUCGAGACCCACAUCGCCAAGCCCAGCAGCGGAGACUGCAACUGCAACGGCAACUGGGCAGAUCAUUAAUAGCUCCAAGGAGGCGCUUGUCAGUGGCGCAAAUGCUGCUACGGCGGCGGCAAUGGCGGCGGCCAAGAGUCCGCAGCGCGAGGAGGGCGCAAAUCCUUCAGAUCGCCGCAAAUCCAUGUCAUGGAAAACGUUCAAUUUGAAGCGUCAAUUAUCAAAAGUCAAUAUGAAAAUCGGCGGCAGCCUCAAUGUCAAUCAGGAACUCGAGUCCAUACGCAACAAUUCGGCAAUUUUCUAUGCGCCCAAAGAGACAUCGCCCGAGGGAGCCGCCGCAGCCGGCGAUGAUGCAGCCGCUGAAGCGCUCGAGUGCCGGGAGGAGGAUGUGGGCUUGGCAACGGCAACGGCUCAGCUCAAUUGUGAUACAAGUGCCGGCGAGUUUGCCACGGUCGGUGCCACAGUUGUGGGCAAGCGUGUGGAGUUUGAGCAGCAGCCGCCGCCGCCGCCGCCGCCAGACCAAGGCGAGCGACCAAGCAAUUUGCCCUUGAGCGAGCAACAGCAGCAGCAACAGCAAAUGCCGCUCAAGCCGGCACGGCAGAAAUUCAAAGAGAAGUCGCGCGAUCAGCGCCUGCUCUCAGUGCCAAACAUCAAGUAUCAGCCGCGGGAGCAACGCGGCAUGGGUAUUGCCAUUGGAGGCGGUGGGCGGGCCAAUAAAAACGAUGUGUCGCCGCUGAUGAGCGGGAGCCUAACCAAAAAGAUACAUAAACUGGAUGGCACCUUUUCAAGAUCCAGAUCGUCAUCAAUGUCCAGCAUUGAUAUGUCUUCCUCUGAAUCUGUUACCUGUCUAGCUUUCAUUGAAAGUUAUGCAAAACGCAAUGAUAUUCUGACGCUUGUUCCUACUUUGUGGAUUGGAACUAGUUUCGGUUCGAUAUUGACAUUGUUCAUUACAAUGCCUGAACGUGAUGUGCGCAAAUCUCAACCAGUAUUGGUUACAAUAAACGGCGGACCCGUAGUGCGACUCAAAGGCUCCAUAACUUCCAUGUCUUUUUUAGACUCAUACGGCUCGUUAAUACCCUAUACAUUUGAGCCCUGGCGUGACGAGAAUCGCGAUAAGAAAGAUCGCACACCCACUAAGAGCAGCAGCCGCACUAGUCCGACUUUCACACCAACAACUGCCAAUACAAUAUCAAAUCCUUCGGUGGCUGGCGGUGCUGGAAAUAUCAGUGGUACAAGCGCAGGCAGUAGUGGCGCUGGUGGGGCGGGCGGUGCUGGUGGCGCUGCAGGUGUCGUUGGACCAGGUGGCAGUGGCGGCGGCGCUGGCGUAGCGGGCGGCAUGAGCAGCAGCAGCGCUAGCAGCAGCGGCAUAAGUGGCAGCGUUAGCACUGGCUUGGAAACACUCACCGAUCGACAAUAUAUCGUAAUCGCUAGCGAAAAGCAAACAAAAGUCUUCGAUGUGGCAAAUCAGUGCUGCAUUAAUCGCAUACAAUUAUCGGAAAUGGACUUUGCAGUCAAGGCAGAAACUAUUACGAUGAAAGAUGGCUCUUGCUUAGCAACCUAUCUUUCGAAUGGCCAUCUAAUGGUACAUAGUCUUCCUAGUCUAAAGCUGUUAUUGGACACUGAUUUCUUACCACUUAUGGACUUAAGUUUUCAAACCAAAUGUAAACAGGGAAUUGUGGAUCCAAUGCUUUCAAUAUGGGGUCAACAGUUCAUUGUUCAUGAAGAUACAACUCAAAUAUCAAAAAUAUUUUGCUUUAGUCAUAAAGGUCAUGGAUUGUACAUGGCAUCGCCCACCGAAAUUCAAAAAUUCACGAUAUCAUCGGAAUUUUGUCAAUUUAUUUUGGAGAUGAUGGGUGAGUUAUACACCGUACAGGAAAUGCCCGAGCAGCCGAAGGAGGGUUUCUUUAAAGGUCUGUUUGGCGGUGGUGCCAAGCUUUUGGAUCGCGAAGAGUUGUUUGGUGAACAAAGCGGGAAAGCAAAUCGUUCGGUUGCCCGGCAUAUACCCGGCCCGAAUUUGGAUCAGCUUGGUCAACGUGCUUCCACAGCCGCAUCGGAAAUUAGCCGUGCGCAUCAGUUGGCCAUGGAGCGUGGCGAGAAGCUCAAUUUGUUGGAGGAGCGGGCCGAGCGUAUGGCCAAUACAGCUCAAGAUUUCAGCGGUACAGCGCAUCAAUUAAUGCUUAAAUAUAAAGACAAAAAGUGGUAUCAGUUGUAAAAUAUCUAUUUUAGGAGCCAAUUCUACCACAGUUAUUGUAAUAUUGCUUUUAUAACACUUUCUACUACAUUACGAGUAAAGUACACUUAUUUAAUUUCUGUUUUCAAGUCGUCACGUUAUUUACAAAAACCAAAAACAACAAAAAAAAAACAA